AUGGCAUGUUUACCAACAUAACAUCUACACAUUUGCCUACUGCGUCUCACCAUCAAAUACAUUAAGUUGAAACAACAGAGGAGGAAAAUGUCAAGUUUGACUUGAGAGUCCAACCUGCAAUUGGGCAACAACACAUUCAUGUAUUCUUGAAACACACCUUAAACUGUGCUAAGCAAAAAGAAAGAUCAAAUGUUUAAAAGCACUCAGUAAAAAUGUAUGAAACAGACAGGUAGAGGGGCAUUCGGUGAAACUGAGAGAAACAGCAUGUUGCUGGUUCCAGAUAGGGGAUGGUUUGGAGUCUGGUUUUUUUAAAUAAGUUUUUCAACACCUUCUACCUAGCUGUUAAAUGUCUCGGGCCAAUUUUUCCAGCGUACCAAAACCUCACGGCGCAUGUCCUGCCACCAUACAGAGCCUCUCGGGGUAUUGUAGUGUAUUGUUUUUGGACACGAUGCGCUAUAAGUAAAAGAUGAUAUUAUUAUUAUGGUAAAUGCUAUUAGACUCUUCAGUCUAAUAACAGUAAAACCAGAUGUGAAACAUACGUAUAAAAUAUAUAAUGGUAUAAUAUGUAUGAAAUCUAUCACAAAAUAAAGAGGGUAAGAUGUGGAGCAAAAAGUUUGAACAUGUGUGGACAUGUUCUCUGUAAAAGAUGGCCUGAUGAUCACUUAAUGCGCAUGUCUUCUGUAAAGUGUUCCAGGGCUGAAAUAUGAUAACCUGACGUUAUGCUCUGACCAACAGAUUGAGAAAAGUUUAACCGCGUCAAAACUGCCACUCCUAUCACACGCCCUUAUAGGCGUGGAAAAAUGACCGACGCUCACAGCAUAAAAAAUGGUGCACAGCUCAGUAUCUUCAGUUCUUCUUCUGGUGUUAUCACUGCUAAGAAUUACUCCUGGAUUUAUUGUUUUUUGGUUGACAAAUAAAUCCUGCUGCCCUUCGAAUGCUGACUUCUCUUGGUGAUUUUUUGAAGACUUCAUUUACACUUCAGAAUCCGGGGUUGAGGAGCUUGGUACUCUCGGAGGAAAGCCUGUGAACCACUUGUAAGCUGGAAUAAUUUAGUUGCAUUUAUGGCUGACAGACGUAGUCCUCAAGUGAAGCCGGAGCUGCUAAAACAAGUCACCGGCAAUCUCUUCGACUGUCCCAACGACGAGGCGCUGGCGCACUGUAUUAGUGCGGACUGUCGCAUGGGAGCGGGCAUAGCGGUGCUGUUUAAACAGAAGUUUAAAGGUGUUUCCGAGCUACUGAAACAGAGGAAGGCGCCCGGUCAAUGUGCUGUGCUGCUGAGAGAAGGCCGUUUCAUCUACUAUCUAGUUACAAAACAAAGAGCCUUUCAUAAACCCACAUACAGCAGUCUACUACACAGCCUUGAGGAUAUGAGGUCACAUUGUAUACGGAACGGAGUACACAAGCUGUCGAUGCCUCGUAUUGGCUGCGGCUUGGAUCAACUGGAGUGGACCGAGGUAGCCAAGAUAUUGGAACGGGUCUUUAUGGGCACUGGCAUUACCAUCACAAUAUACAGCCUUCCUUGGACAGCAGCAUCCAUGAACUAGCUACCAAUGGAUUGUCCGAAUGUUGCUUGCCAAUGCUAGGAAACAAAUAUUGGCUACGUAUCUACCAUAAAGAGAUGUACUGUAUGAACUGUCUUUAUUGUGUUCUGGGUCAAUCCCUGUUAGCCAUUCCCCACGGAACCCGCUCGGUGAGUCUGCUUGUUUUGACAGCGAUAUUCUUUAUUUGCCCCACAUUAGUGAUAUGUGUAUGACACAUAUAAUAUAUUAUUGGAGGCAGAGCCGGCAUAUGUUCUCACACCUUUCAUUUGUUCAUGUGUGAGGGUGGAUUGUAAAGCUUUUUCAUGAUGCGUCUGCCAGACACAUUGCUCACGGGUUUCUCUCACGUUUUUGGAAAAGAACCAGGAAAUGCACACAUUUAAAAUAAAGAUUCAUUAUUUCUCAUUCUUGUUAUUGACAAACAAUAAAAAACAAAUUAUCAGGAUACAUCAACACAGCAGAAAAUAUUUAAGGAUACAUCAACAGAGUAGAAAACACUUCAAACUGAUCAGGUUCGUAUCAUCUGUAAAGCUUGGUCUAACAGAGACGCGUCAAAAGCACGUUCCAUGUCACAUUGUAAUGCGUUCAGUUCCAACAAGAUAUUCAAGGGUAAGUUGUCUUCCAAACGGUAACAUAUCACAUCAAUAAACAAAGCGUACAAAGAGAAUAAAUGAGAAGAUUUCACUUGAAAAGAGUCCAUAGUCCAAUCUUGAAUUAUUUUUCUAAAAGUUUGUGACACAGGUCCAUUCAUUCUUGCAGUGGUUUGUACAAUUAUUUCCCAGGGUGUAUGCACGGAGUGUGCCCGCACCAU